AUGGCUGGCCAGAAUUCCAAUUUGUCGUGUCUGCUAUAUGGGCCACAUGAGGCUAAAUUUGAAGAUCGAGAGGUGCCUGGUAUACGAGAUCCGCAUGAUGUUGUUAUAAGGAUUGCUUAUGUUGGUGUUUGUGGCAGUGAUGUUCAUUUCUGGCAUCACGGCGGCGUCGGUCUCAAGGUCUCUCAGGACAACCCUUUAACCAUGGGUCACGAAGCCUCAGGCACCAUCCACAGCAUCGGCUCUUCAGUGAAGACCCUCAAGAUUGGCGACAAAGUAUGCAUCGAACCGGGCCUCCCAUGCACCCGCUGCAAAUCUUGUAAAUCUGGCCGCUACAAUCUCUGCCCAGACAUGGCUUUUGCGGCAUCACCUGGUCCUGGCCCUGCUACCCAUGGCUGUCUAUGCAAGUACUACAGGCUUACCGAAAGUUUUGUGUAUAAGUUACCCAGCCAGGUGAGCUUGGAAGAGGGUGUGCUUGUGGAGCCAUUGGCUGUUGCUGUACACGGCAGUAGAUUGGCUGGCGUCAAGCCUGGUCAUAGAGUUGUGGUGUUUGGAGCUGGACCGGUGGGUAUCUUGUCUGCGGCUGUGGCGAGGCAAUUCGGUGCUGUGGAGGUCAUCUCGGUGGACAUGAACGCGGCGCGGUUGGACUUUGUCAAGGGGUUUGCUGCUACAGGAGUGUUUACCCCUGAUGCCAACGUCGAUACCGACACGAAUGCUGCUGAAAUCGUUAAGCGCUUCCAACUCGACCGUGGAGCCGAUGUGGUCAUCGAGGCUUCUGGUGCAGAGGCUUGUAUCCAAAUGGGCAUCUACGUGUUGGCACCUGGAGGCACAUACGUCCAGACAGGAUGUGGAAAGCCGAACGUCAUGGUACCAAUGACAAAGCUUGGUGAAAAGGAGAUUGUCGUCAAAGGUGCCUUCAGGUAUGGAGCUGGCGACUUUGAGUUGGCUGUUGGCUUUUUGAGUGAUGGCCAGAUUGAUGUCAAGAAGUUGAUCUCGAAGACCGUUGACUUUGAAGAAGCGCCGGAUGCUUGGGAAAGUGUGGGUAAGGGGGAAGGCAUCAAGACACUCAUUCGUGGUGUACAGGAUUGAUAGUCAUAACCGUCACUGAGAUCGGACUACUUUGCAACUCGAAGUGCUGCUAGACAACCGAGUCGUGCCUGCCUAAGUCAAAGCUGAUGGAUACCAAGCCUCAGCUGGAGGAUUUCGUAUUGUCCACUCAUGCAGCUUCUUUGCGAGAUCACGGUACACCAAGCGAAUGUGUU